CGUCUGAACAGUUGAAGAACGACGUUUAGCUGGUCGAGAUGUCCUCGAAUGCGCUGGCCUGCAUCUGCAAUGUGAUAAAUCCCUGUCGUAACGAGGUCUCCACCACAUUUGUGGUUGUUCAGUGGCUUAUUACCGGCUUUGCUGCCCUCGCCCAGGUGGUGCGACCCGUGCUCCUGCUCUUUGGCAUUCGUGGCGAGGUGGCUCUAAACCAGGAGGAUUACAAUAAGACCUGGAUUUAUAUGCCCAAUGGACAGGGUAAGCCGGAGGUGGCCUACCUGGUGGAACCUCCGCCCGAAAACCGUAUCAACCUUCCCCAGCUCAUCAAGUUUGAACUCUAUGGGAGGGAUUCCAGUUCUAGCGCAGAUUUCUGGAUUGAUGAAAACAAUUUUGAGUUUCCACAACGCCACAAGCGAGACACUUGGCAGGAGAUGGCCGAAAAGUUUAAUCCGGACCUGGACACAAAGAUCCUCGUCCACGGCUGGAAGUCCAGCACCAUGAGCAACUCGAUCCAAUCGAUUCGCGGAGCUUAUAUCGAACGGGGCCAGGUGAACGUUUUUGCCAUCAACUGGAAGGAUCAGGCGGAUAAUAUUUACUACCUGACUCCGGCUCGAUACACAGUGCAAGUGGGCAGGGCGGUUGCAAAGCUGAUUGAUCUCCUCGUGGAGGAGAAGGACGCGGAUCCGAAUAGGAUACACCUCAUAGGCCACAGUCUGGGUGCACACAUAAUGGGCUAUGCGGGCUCCUACACCAAGUACAGGGUUAACCGCAUCACUGGUCUGGAUCCGGCGCGGCCUGCUUUCGAGGAUUGCAUCGGCCCGGAGAAUCACCUGGACGAUACGGACGCAAACUUUGUGGAUGUUAUUCACAGUUGUGCCGGUUAUCUGGGAUUCAGAAAACCAAUCGGUAUGGUGGAUUUUUAUCCAAAUGGUGGGGGACCACCGCAGCCGGGUUGCAAGGAGCUUUCACAGAUUUUUACUGGUUGCAGUCAUGGACGUUCGUACGAAUAUUAUGCAGAAUCCAUUAAUUCACCAAAAGGCUUUUUUGGUGUUCCCUGCUCUGGACUAGAUGAACUUAAGGGAAAAAACUGUACAGGCGGCAAAAUCUUGAUGGGGGACCCUGUUCCCCGCGACGCUCGGGGGAUAUUUUUUGUGAAAACGGCCAACAAACCGAGCUAUGCCUUGGGAAUCGAUGAUAUAUGGAGUAACUAA